UCUCUGUUUGAGGAUAAGGAUGAAUAUCUGGAGCCUUUUAGCUUUUAUGCUAGGCUGUAAUGCCUUUUCAGGUUUACGCCAUGAAGUGGUUGAAGAACGGACCUCAGGCUCUCUGCCUUGUCCUCACUCUGUGGAGGGUACAGUGACGUGGAGCAGAGAGAGGAAUGGAAACAAAGUGGCCUUAUUUACAAUUGAUGGUGAAAGAGAGACAAGACACAAUGACCCGGGCAAACUAUACGGUUCAUUCGCAGAUAAAUCACUGUACAUUCGCACAUUAACCCUCUCAGACUCAGGGAGAUAUUUCUGUAAUGAUGAAGCAGUGGAGCUGACAGUGAUCCCACCAGGAACAAUCAGAUUUGGCGCUACAGAGAGGACCAGCGUCACUCUGGACUGCCCUCAUGAUGAUGGAGGAUCACAUGAUCAAACAUGGAGCAGAGACACUGUUGAGAUACAUCGACAGAAAGGCUUUGAUGUUUCACCUGUUGACCGGACAUUGACCUUAACAGACGUGGAGCUACGUGACUCUGGACUCUACUACUGUGGUAGAAAAGCUGUUUUUCUGCAAGUGAUUGAAGCGACCAAGGCUCCACCCACCCCAACCACACUGACAUCAACAUCCGCACCUUCAGAGGCCUGUACUACGAAGCUGGAUUUUCGCUUAGCCGGCUAACUUCAGGGAAAUCUCGGGC